AUGUUCACACGGUAUCGUUGCAGUCUGCCACUUUCAUUGGCGAGUCGACCGUCUGCUAAGCAAGCUUAGAAUCUACCAACACUUCUGAAUUUUAUGCUUCGACGUCUAGAUUCUACUUUUACUUUCAGGAUGUUGUCAGACGCAAGUGUUUGCCAAGAUUAUAUUUGACAAAGACAAUGGAUGUCCUUAUAGACUUUGUACUGACUUUAAGGAAUGUGAUAGUUGCAUUCCUGGUAUCCUGGUUCAGAUUCUUUAUCCCUCCCGAAAGCAAAUCUGUGCUCAAUGAAGUAGUUUUGAUAACUGGAGCUGCUCAUGGCCUGGGUCAAGCGAUGGCUUGUGAGUUUGCCAAGCUUGGUGCUAUUGUGGUGAUAUGGGACAUUAAUAUUAAAGGGCUUCAAGAGACUAAAGACAAAAUAACAACAACAGGUGGUAAAUGCCACUCUUACUUUUGUGACGUAAGGGACCGUGACCAGGUCAGGAGUGUGGGCGACAAGGUCCGUCAAGAUGUCGGGGAUGUCACCAUCCUGGUCAACAGCGCCGGGAAGGUCGUGGGCAAACAGUUGCUGGAGUUGAAGGACGCGGAGAUUGAGGACACGUUCGCAGUGAAUCUCUUGGCGCCUAUCUGGACGACCAAAGAGUUCCUUCCCUCUAUUUUGGCCAACAACCAUGGUCACAUUGUGAACAUAAGCAGCUCCUGCGGUCUCAUUGGCAUCAAACAGUUAGUGGAUUACAGCGCCUCUAAGUUUGGUGUAACAGGAUUCACUCAGACCUUAAACUUUGAGAUCCACUUCAGUGGUCAUGAUGGUGUCCACACAACUCUAGUCUGUCCAUCCUAUACAAAAACUGGAAUGUUCAAAGGCUGCAAAAUGGCGUAUCCCAGUAUAUUACCUGACCUGGAAGUUCAGCCAACUGUGAAAAGAAUAAUGAAAGCUAUUCUGACCAAUCAGAAUGAAGUUUACAUUCCUCGUAUGGUUUAUGUCAUGGCCGCUUUGAAAAAUAUGUUGCCAGUAAAUGCUAUGCAAGAGAUAGUCCGCUUUGUCCAAGCAGAUAAGUUUAUGGAGACCUUUGAAGGUGGCCACCAAACGAGUACAUAAGCAGCAAAUAGGAAUGAAGGAUGACACGUGUGGCAGAAGUUGA